AAUAGUAUGGGAGCUAAACGGUUCGAUUCCAGUGCUACAGGGCAAUUCGGCCUUUUAGUUUCGUCCGAGCCACCAAAAUAUCGGGGCAGUGGGAGAUGGCGGAGGCGCCGCCGACGAUGGUGUUCGUGUACGGCACCCUGAAGCGCGGGUUCCCCAACCACCCUCUCCUCGCCGCCUCCGCCUCGCCCUUCGCCGGCGCCGUCUCCACCGCUGCCCCAGCCUCCCUCGUUAUCGGCCCCUACUCGGUCCCCUUCCUCCUCCCCACCCCUUCCUCGUCCUCCGGCCGCCUCAUCUCCGGCGAGCUCUAUUCAGCGUCACCCCUCGCCCUUGCCAAGCUGGACGCCCUUGAGGGAACCCACAUCGGCGUCUACGAGCGCCGCCGGCUCACCGUCGUGGUCGAUGGAUCGGGCGAGGCGGUGGAGGCGGAGGCUUACUUCGCGCACCCGAGCUACGCGGAGGCGCUCUGGCGGCGCUGCGGCGGUGAGGCGGCCGAGAUUGGGGAGUACACCAUGGACCAUGCCGCCAGGUACGUCCCGCCCAGCGGGCGCUCUCCUGGCGCCGCUGGGCUCAUCGAUGCGAUCCAUGGCUUCCUCGCCACCACGCCGGACAAUUAACUUGGUGUUCAUGGAUUGCUACCAUAGUUCAGUGAAUCUGUCAUCUGUUGUUUCAUGUGCUAGUGCUUCAGUUCCAACUCUUGUUUUGUGGAAUGUGUCGUGGAAUGUAAAAUCCAUUCAUGCUGCAGAUUUGCACCAACUAUUUAUUCAUUGUAUCCAAUGCAAUACAGUUGUAUUCUGAAUUCAAGUUUGUUGAAAAAAAAAUCAGUCUAGUGUUGCAUAGAACUUUGCUUGUCUUGUUCAGUCUAGGCUCUACAAUACUGGAAUGUCAGGUAGUGGUAUCAGAUAUAUCUAGCUUUACCAAAAGGAGAUCUUUGUUGUGAAAAAAAAAAGAAUAGCUAAUAAAGUGCCUGGAAAGGCCAUUGGUUGCUACACACUGUCAUCGGUUCCUAUCAUGCCGUGCUUCUUCUUUCCGUGAGUCACACAUGGCACUACAAAUUAGAAAAAAAAAACCUCCAAUAUUUCCACCCCCCAUUGCCAUUCUAUUGUUGCAACAUGAACUAUCUAACCACUGUCCUCUGCAUUAGUUGCAACUUCCUCGUCAUGCAUGAUAUCUAGUAUUUUCUUUUGUCACAUCUAGACUGCAGAAAUUCGAAACUAAAGUCAAUAGAGCUUCACAAUUGUGAAUGCAAGUAAAAUUUACAAUGGUCCCUAGCCAUGACAAAUGGAUUUCUAGUUAUUAUCAUAUCCCAGUUCCAUUACCUUAAUCAUUUUGACAUGUUAUUUUCUUUCUUUGGGUUUCCUUACCGAAUUGAUAGAAUUUGAUUAGACUAGCUAUCUAGUUUUAGUUUUGCGAAGUGCAAACUAAUGGGGGUGUCCCUAGAUAAAUCAGGAGUCAGCGUUAUCUCACCUAUUCAUGAUAGUUUUACUGAGCGAAAUACAAUUCAUAUGAAGAGGUUGUUAACUGAUAAGGUGGUAUUGCUGUUAUGGAACCUAUUGAUGGUAAAACAGACACAUGUUUUAUACCUAUUCUAGUGGCAUGAUUACAUUUCUAGAAGGUAUUAAUAUUAUAACUUGUGAUACGGUGGUGUCACAGAAACUUGUUAGUUUGACUAUGUUUCCUUUCUAACAGUUCACCUUGGUUCCACAAUUAUGAUUUACAUGUGCUGCUUGCAUAGUGCAUUGCCAAUUCCGGCAUUGCUAUUAUUGCUCUUAAAGCUAGGUAAUGAGAGCUGACAUAUUAGUUAUAAUAAAAUAAAUGAGCUUCUGAAAAGCAAUCAUAAUGCCGAACUAUUUGGAAAUCAGUAUUGGAGUCCAAUAAUACUCCUGUCUAACAUAUGUCUAAUGCUAAAUGUUGUUUGAGUCUUCUGGCAUUGCCUACUGCCACCAGGGUUCAAAAUUUCGCUGGGCAUUUUUUUUCGUCCUCGGGCGAAAUCGCCGAAAUUCGCGAAAUUUUCAAAAUUUUGGUCAAAAUGAUGCAGUCACAAUUCAAAAAUUUCGGCCAAAAUUUGACCGAAAUUACCGAAAUUUCAGCAGAUUGCAACCAUUGACCCCAAUUUUAAACAUUGCUAGCUUUUUUACACUUCCAGUAGUCUCUUAUAAGCGGGGUACUUCCAGGAAUUAAGUGUUCAUAUGUGACAAAUAAAUAGCAUAAAAGAAAGAAAAAGUGAGAUCCUGACCACUAUCUUUCUUUUUAUCUAGUGGUAGCCGUUCUUCAUUGUUAGAUAGAUGUCUAUUUUCUUUUCUAGCUACUGUGUGGCAUGGAGCCACUGUCUUUCUUUUUGUCUAGUAAGGGUUGGAAACAUGCUGCGUUCUGCCGAAUUUCCUCUGGGGUAGUAUUUCCCGUUCUCUAAAUGGCAUGACCUGUCUGGAUCAGCCUCACCUUAGUAACUACUAACUACACCUAUUUAGUUUCUCGUGUACAAAACGGCAGCUAAUUGGCAACUGCAGUUGGACGAUUCAAAACUUCACACUGUUGAAUGCUUUCUCAACGGAUUAGUUGGGCUGUUCAGGGUCUAAUUAAACAAAAUCAACAAUUCCAUGGUAAAUGCCAUGGCCGUGCUCUGCUGAAAGUUAGGAUCUACAUUUGAUGUGUAAAAUGGAGAUGUUUUGUUUGAUCCCAAUCCCAGCUUUAGGUGCAAGACAAGAAAUAAAAGAAGGUGGCACGCGUUCGAUGGAACGCAGCUGCUUGCCCAGGUGAAUCCUGGUGACCUCCUGGACACCAUGCAUGCAUAUGAGCCCCAUUGCCGCAAAGUGUCGAGUCAAACGGAAACUAACAAUGAAGAACGGGUACUACUAGAUAAAUCAAGUACCGGGAGGAAUUGAUGACAUGGUGCCCGUGCCCUGCGCCGUGCUCCGCCCGCUUGCCGCAUCACCCGUGUGCUUCGGAUGUCGUUGCCGCCACUCGGUUUGGCCACUCAGGUGAGGGAGGCAACAAGAUCACACAAAAAUUAAAAUAAUUCAAAAACAGCUGGACAUUAGGGGGAGUUAGGGUUAGAAUUGGAAUGGGCUUGGGCUACUGAAUCCAUUGAGACCGGGUCCAUUUGAACUGGGCCGAAUUUUUUAAACCGAAAUAGGCCAAUUUCAGUUUGGGACGAAAUUAGCGAAAUUUCGCCGAUCCCCCCCCCCCCCUCCCCCACUACUGUGUUAGUUGUGUUGCUUCCCCUCUGUGUCUUCUGCCUUUUGUGUGUGUGAUGGUUGUGGAGUUCUUUUUUCCCUGGUUGCUGUUGUGAUCCUUGAUUCAUAAGAGAUUGCUAUGAUCGUUGGAGAGGCACAAUUAUUCCCCAUAUUUUCCAAUCGGAUAUACCUUAGCACAUGGCUAAACAUAUAUGCUUUCGCUAUGUUAUCUAGAGGUACUAGUAUACUAUGUAUUGUCUUCUCCGCUUUGUUACCUAGAGCUACUAGUACCUCAUAUGAUUGUGGUCAUAUACUCAUGUUGCUGCCUGAUGCUACAGCUUAGGUAGCACUGAAACCUUGCAAUCCCAGCUCAGAGGGGGCCAACGACUCAUAUGCCACUAUGCUAUUUUAUCAAAUCUACUUGGUAUAUGGAUUUGCACUGACUGAUUGAUUCGUAGUUGUUGAUCCAACAAGAAAACCUGUUAAUGACGUUUUGGCUGUUAGUGGAUCCAUUACAAGUACUAAUUCGACCUUUUCAUUUGUUGCUUAAAGGAAUUGGUGAACAUGACUGUGAUAUGCACCAUCUUCUCGUGUGCUGUUGGAAGCCACUAGCACAUACCAAACAAGGUUUCCCAUUUUCCAAUCUGAUCACAAUAUUAGCCCUGUUGACUGCAUACUGCAUUGAUUUGAUCCAUCCGUAACCUUUCUCUGUUAGCCCUCAAGUGAUGGUACCUUGGCAUUUGCCAUAACUUCGUCUUUGCACAUGGUUCUGCCUCCAUAGGCUUUCCACGCUAAGAGACAGGCAAUUAGGAUGGCAUAACUUGCACUUGUAUACUGAUGCCACGGUGUUAAUGAGCAUGGUGGCAUGGGUGCCAGGUAGUUGUAGGCUUCUAGCUUUUAUGAUUCAAACAUGAUAGGUUUCGGUGGGCAGUAUCUCUGGAGGAGGGCACCUUGGGGAAUGGAGAAGGUAAAGGCAGGUUCAACGUCCUUUUCUCUUUGGACUUUCAAUUUUCAUAACACAAAAUACAUCCUACCAGGAGCGAUGGGCACAAUGACAGGUGCUGCACGAGGGGCUAUGGAGGGCCUGACGCUUGGUAGGGCUUGGUGGUAUAGAUGAAAUUUCGUGUUCCUUUUUUAUGAUGAUCAUGUUCCAUAAGUAGAUGUUCAGAAAUCUGAACAUGCUAUUCAUCAUCUUGCUAUUAAAACUACACAGGAAAUACUUUCUAGUUCUGUGACACCCUUUAGAGCUGACAAUGGAAGUGCUAGCAAAAGAAUUUGCUCUACAGAUACGCAUUUGUUACCAGGGCCAAUCUUGUUAGCAGAUUUUGGAGAGUGAAGUCCAGCUGUAGCUUUUACAAUGAGGUUGAAAAUACAAAUCCUUUAUUAUUAUGUUGUUCUUUAGCUAGAUGGGUUUGGAGCCUUGGAAUAUUGUUGGUUGCUGUUUUCAAACACGGACAAGUCCGCUUCCUAGAUCACGUCUGGUUUUACUUGUUGGUCAGCACAAAAUUUAUAUUUUCCAUCUAAUUUGGCUGGACUGGACUAGCAGAAGUGUUAGUGUAGCUGGGAAGUCGAGAAAUAAGGGGGAACUUGACUUGAGGCAUCCUAAUGAAGCUCUGAACUUGACUUGAGGCAUCCUAAUGAAGCUCUAUCCUGUACAGUAUCGGUUCCUGUUCAUUUCAUACUGUGCAGGGCUACGACCUGAACCUGGGGAUGGAGUUGAUGCUUGCUGAAAGGAAAGAAGGACGAGAAGUCUUUGCAUGAUGCUGCCACGGCGCCAUGCCGCAUGAGGCCGGAUGGUGAAGCAUGUUUUCCUGAAGUUCUCUGUCGCGGUCGUGCGUGUUGUCAUCUUUCCUUGGAACCUUAACAAACAUUCGUCAUGUAUCAAGUAAACGGCCGCUGGAAGGAUUAGUUGGUUGUUGUUCUUCACGAAGGCUUGUCAUGGCCUGAUGGGUGUAUUUUCUGGUACUGCAUUAUGCAAUGAUCCUACUGCGAAUUGUAUCGUGUGCUAGGUCUUGUCGUGUGACUCUACCAUGCAUCGCCACUUUACGAUGCUCGUGUCACCGAAAAAAGUUCUGUUU